AUGCCGCUCUUCUCAUUCGGCUCCAACAGCUGUGGUCAAUUAGCUCUGGGUCAUGUAGAGGACGUAUCGGUACCUACCAAAUGUCUGUUCUACGAAUAUCCAGAUCCUACUACACAGAACGACAUAAUCCGCAUCGCAGCAGGCGGGAACCACACUUUUGUGCUUUUCGGGAAUGGAGCGGUUUAUGUGGCUGGGUGUAAUGUGGAUGGAAGGUGUGGAUGGCAGCAACAAGGAAACGAGGAUGAGCGGUUACUGCAGUUCAGACGGGUCAUUCUCACUACAGAGGACGGGAAGGUGUAUGGCACGUUCAAGGAUGUCUCUGCGACGUGGGAGGGGAGCUUCCUAGUUGCGCAGUCUGGAGAUGAAGAUGUGGUUAUUGCACUUGGAACAGGGAUAAAAGGAGAACUUGGACUUGGAACUACGAAAACACAAGCUUCCACGCCAACCGUUAUUCCAGAUUUUCCUCCUCCAGGGACCCACGUGGUUUCAAUCGCUAGUGGCAUGGGCCAUACAGCCGCCGUCUUGUCAAACGGCGAGGUAUACGGCUGGGGCGGUGCGAGGAAAGGACAGCUUGGUGAAAGCGCUAAAGCAGGGAAGAUAGCUUGGUCGCCUGUUAAGGUCGCGGAAGUGCCAUUUUAUGCGAUGACUGUUACCUGUGGACGAGAGUUUACGGUUGUUUCGAGUGAUGAAGAGAAGGGGGAGUAUGUGGUUGCGGGGUCGAGCGAUGAUAAAUGGGGGAUUCUCUCUGGACGGCCUGGGUCGAUUUCUAGUGAUGGUGCUCGUGUGCUUCCGGCAUUUACUGGUAUCUCUGCCGGUUGGCACGCGGUCUAUGUACAUCAUCGACGCCAACAUGAUUCUGAUCUAUCUAUCACAGCCUGGGGCCGGAAUGACCGUGGCCAACUUCCUCCGGCGGAUUUAUCCAGUGCGAAAAUUUUGGCCGUGGGCAGCGAGCAUGCGCUUGCCCUUCUUGAUGAAGGAACGGUCGUGGCGUUUGGAUGGGGUGAGCAUGGGAAUUGUGGUACAGAGGUUGAUGCUCAGGGGAACGUUAAGGGGAGGUAUAAUAGGAUCGAGAUGCCCGAGAUUGGGCAUGAGCAUGAGGUUGUGGGAAUCGGAGCGGGAUGCGCUACUAGUUGGAUUAUCACUCCGUGA